UCCUAUCGUUUCCCCAUUAUAAAAUUUCCUAAGUUUUCUAUAUUUAACCUGGGAUACUUUGACUCCCGAUUUUGAUCACUUUCAGCCUUUCCCUUCGGCCUGAUAAUGAGUUCAUGCUUACCAUCACCCGACUUCCGCCUCAUUAUGAAUAGGUAGACCAGAAUCGCCAGACAGCUGAUAUCGACACGUCAGUCAGAAGAACUCGAUCAGGCGGGCGGAUGACUCGCGAGGCAGGAAAGAUAUCGGUACAGUACCCCCCACCCGUAUCGGUUGACACUUUCGGACUGAAGCAAUUCUCUGGGUGGGCAGAGAACUCUUUAAUGAUGAAUGAGGAAGAGGAGGGUGUGAGGGUGGAAAAGGGGAAAGAGGUGAAUCGGGAUGGAUACCCCAAUGUGGUCCGCGGCCCAUCGUGUGGCUCUGCUCUGGUGACAUCAGGCAACCAAAAGAAAACGCCCGACGGCUUCGGUGCCUAGAAUCCAUUUCUCUUACACAGCCUUCUUUGAUCGCAGCGGGCUAGAAUCUAUAUAAUCAACGAGGUACUCACCAAGUGAUCAAGUCCUUGCUUCAAACCAGGACUUGAACAUGCCAAAAGCGUCCCUAUAACUUAAUUUGCUUACUCAGACAGCUGAGUAAGAGACCUCUUGGAAAUGUGAGUUCCCGCCACAGCCCUGACAAAAGGCUUCACGAACCCCCUGACCGCGGCAAAUCUGUCCGAACAGAUAGCCGUGGUUUGGAACUCGAUUCGGCCACAUCCGCCGCCGCCACGAGCCGACCUACCACCACCGUCCGAUCCAAUACCAUCAGUGACGCCGUCCAGCGUCGACCCGGGCCCCAGCACCCCGACCCCCGAACCCGAAAGGCAACGAACACCGAAUCAACCGCCUUCUUCUAAGACACCCGGAGAUGCCUCCGAGUCCCCUCGGGCCCCGGCCUCGGUACGGUCCUUCGAGCCCUGGUCCUCGGAGCCAGACAACACGGAGGUGAUGAUCAAGGAACCCGAGACACGACCCAUCAGCCAAGAACAGCUUGUUGCUGAAGUCAAAGGCAUCUACGCAGGGCUCGUCAUGGUCGAAUCCAAGUGUAUCGAGGUGGAUAAUUCGCAAAUCUCCAACAUAGACACUAACCCUAAACUUAACAACGAACAAUGGCAGGCGUUAAUCGCCUUACAUCGGACGCUGCUUCAUGAACAUCAUGACUUCUUCCUGGCGUCACAACAUCCCUCUGCGAGCCCAGCCUUGCGGCAGUUAGCAAGCAAGUAUGCGAUGCCAGCCAGGAUGUGGCGUCAUGGAAUACACUCGUUUUUAGAACUGCUUCGACACUGGUUGCCAGCAUCGCUUGAACAUAUGCUUGCGUUCAUAUAUUUGGCUUAUUCGAUGAUGGCACUGCUAUACGAAACCGUCCCUACUUUUAAGGACACUUGGAUCGAGUGUCUGGGUGAUCUUGGACGUUACAGGAUGGCGAUAGAAGAUGACGACCUCAUGGACCGCGAGGUGUGGACAUCCGUGAGCCGUCACUGGUACUCCGAGGCGAGUGAUAAUGCUCCCACCACUGGUCGGCGAUACCAUAAUCUUGCGAUUCUUGCGCGUCCAAACGGCCUGCAGCAGCUGUUUUACUACUCCAAGUCGCUUUGUGUGCCCGUGCCGUUUCUCUCGGCACACGAGUCUAUCAUGACGCUCUUCGACCCGCAUCUAAAUGGAUCUCCGACGAGGUUGCAAGAGAUCGACGCCGCCUUCGUCCGCGCCCACGGCAUUCUUUUCUCUGGUAAGGAUAAGGACAAGAACCAGUUGACGAAGUCUGUGAACGAGUUUGUCAGCAACCUGGACAACCACAUUACGCGCAACACGAAGCGCUGGCUGGACAGCGGCUACUACAUCGGCAUCGCACUUGGAUGCGCCAUUCUUGAGUACGGCAGCGAGUCGAGCUCUAUUACGAAAGCUAUGAAGACGGGCCGCGUAGACGAGGCCGAUGUCCAGAUGGACGACAACGAGACUUGCGCCGCGAGCCAAAGGCAGCUCGACGCCCUCGAAUUUGCCUUCCGAACCCACGACGUCGUCUUCCGACGCUUUGGCGAUCCAAACGUUAGCCCCUAUGUGCAUGUCACCCUCUCCUUCCUCCGCCACCUCUCACACUUCUCGACUGCAAUGGGGCGCAUUGAAGAGAAAGUUCCAUGGAAGCUUAUCUCACGCAUGUUGAACUCGCUCAUGGCAAAGUGCCCGUCGGUAGACAAGAUCGAGUCGGAAGAGUUCCCGAGGCAGGACAAGGAGAUUCCUCGUCCGUUGUCUGAGGACUUCGCGCAGCGGGGCUUGUUGUGGGUUGAUAAGUACUACCCGGACGACUGGUUUACGACGGCCGAGUUCGACGACGACGAGAAGUACUUUGAAGUCGCCUCCAUGACCCCAGAGCGCCACGAGCGAUGCCUUUGGCUGGGUUGCCGACUCGCCUCGUCCGGCAAGUGGCUGAUCUACGACCGGGCGACGAGGAAAUUCGGUGUGCCGGCGCGAUUCGAGAUGGACAUAGGCGAGAUUACUUUGCAGCAGAGCGAGGGAGGGGAGGAUGGCGACGUGAUCAUUCCAGAUGCGCCUGCUGCUACCACUACUAGCAGUUGAGCAUGCGGGAACAUGCACCUGGAGCCAUCACGCUGUCACCCUUCCUCCUCUUCGCGUAUUGUUUGAAGACGUCAAGUUCUGUAAGGACACCAAAACACGCUGGUUUGUACCAGUCUCAGCUAGACGCCAGCAUAUGCUGUGCUUCAUCUUCUCUAUUCAUACACUGCUUCUGUACGCAGAUGUCUCGUCGCGCGGGUGCAGAUGAAGCUCGACCGUAGAUUAUAUAUCCUUGCAUCAGGUUGGCUGAUGAUGCUUACAUCAAAAUGUAUCGUCGAUUUACAACUGACAUGCAAUACGCAACGU